AUGGCCAGCGCCGCCCUCCUGCUUGCGGCGGCUCUAGCCAUCGGCGCCCGUGGCGCUGAUGCUCUCCUGCGCUUCACUUGCUCUGAGCUCGUCACUGAGCGUCUGGAUCCUAUCGUCUUCCCUGGCUCCUCCCAGUCUCCCCAUCUUCACCAAAUCGUGGGCGGCAACUCCUUCAACAUCACCAUGGACCACAGCCGCCACGACAUUGCCCAAGAGUCUACCUGCACCACCUGCGAGUUCUCCGAGGAUUUCUCCAACUAUUGGACCGCCACGCUCUUCUUCCGCGCCCGUAACGGCAUCUUCAACCGGGCCGCCCAGCGUCCCAACGUGCUCUUCGACGGUGCCCGUGGCGGCGGCAUGUCCGUCUACUACACCGCUCCUUGGGAUGGGUCCAAGGCAACCGUCUUCCAGCCCGGCUUCCGCAAGAUCGUCGGCAACCCCUUUAUCCGCAACGAGACGGCCGCCAACCAGUGCCGCCAGCUGAGCUUCACCUGCCUGGACGCGCUCGACACCCGCACGGGCGAGACCAACGCUGUGCCCAACCGCAUCUGCAAGGAGGGCAUCAUGGCCAACGUGCUCUUCCCCACCUGUUGGGACGGCAAGAACUUGGACUCCGCCGACCACUCCUCGUACGUUGCCUACCCCUCCAGCGGCACGUUCGAAACCAAUGGCCCCGGCCCGGCGUCCCACCCCGUCAAGAUCCCCCAGCUCUUCUACGAGGUCAUCUGGGACACCAGGCCCUUCAACGACAAGAGCAUCUGGUCUGAGGACGGCAGCCAGCCGUUCGUCUGGAGCUAUGGUGACUUCACCGGCUACGGCACGCACGGUGACUAUGUCUUCGGCUGGAAGGGCGAUGCGCUGCAGCGGGCGAUGAACGCCAACUGUGAUACUUGCGAUGGCCCGGGAACGGGAAGCGGUACUACCCCGACGCACCCGACGACGCCGGGUACAGGUAACGGUGGUGGUAGUUGCACUGUUGCGAAGUGGGGACAGUGUGGUGGUAAAGGGUAUACCGGGUGCACGACGUCUGCUUCGGGGUCGACUUGCAAGAAGCAGAACGACUGA